CCUGCAGACGCGCAUGCGCACAGGGAGGAGGCGUGACGGCCCAAGAUGUCGGCUGCCGGCGGACCCGUGGAGGUGGCGCUGGUGUCGGCGGCUGAGGCGGCCUCGUCGUCCGGAGGCGGCUGCUCGGUGUGGGAAGUGGGCUCCGGGGCGUCGGUGGCCGGCUACCGCGGGUUUAGCUGCGCGGCUCGCGGGAUGGCGCUUCUGGGCGGGGAGCACCUUCUCGGGGCGCAGCUGGGCAAGGCCUGUGUGGGCGCCUGGGAGCUCCAGAGGAAGGAUCAGCUCCAGCAGAAGAUAAUCUGCCCAGGCUUGGUGUCUUGCUUGGCUGCAGCUCCCAACGGUCUCUACAUCUUGGCGGGUAUCGCCGAAAGCAUCUACCUCUGGGAGGUGUCCAGUGGGAACCUGCUUGCCAUUCUGAACCGACACUACCAGGAUCUUUCCUGCGUGGCCUUCACAGACGACAGCAGUCACUUCCUCUCCGGAGCGAAGGACAGCCUUGUGAUAGUGUGGAACCUGUACAGCGUGCUGCAGGCUGAGAAUGCCCAGAGCCCCGAGCCCCGCCACGUGUGGUCGAGACACAGCCUUCCCAUCACGGACCUCUGCUGCGGCAUGGGCGGCCCCAUGGCCCGUGCCGCCACGGCCUCCCUAGAUCAGACGGUGAAGCUUUGGGAGAUCUCCUCUGGCGACCUCCUCCUCUCCGUCGUCUUCGACGUGGGCAUCCUUUCGGUGACCCUCGACCUCACGGAGUACCACAUGUUCUGUGGUGGUAUGGACGGCUCCAUCUUCCAAGUUGACCUCUGCGCCUGGCCCGUGCAAAGGGAGAGGGGCUUCCAGACAGAGAGGGAGUCUGCCAAGAUCUUCAAAGGGCAUCGGAACCAGGUGACUUGUCUCUCCGUCUCCACCGAUGGAAGCCUGCUCCUGUCUGGCUCGCAUGAUGAAACCGUCCGGCUGUGGGACAUCCAGAGCAAGCAGUGCCUGCGCACGGUGAAUUACAAAGGUCCAGUCACCAAUGCCUUCAUCACCCUGGCUCCAGCCAACAUGCUAAACCCAGAGAGCAAGCCCCGGGUCCCCCUGCCCAAGUUCAGCCGCCACCUCUACACCAUGGAGAACGCGGGGAGCCCUGCCAGCGAGGGGAUGAUGCUGUGCCUCGGAAUGCAUCAGAAGGGAUCCGGAGAGAGCAACUUGGAGAAAAAAGAGCGGCUGUACUCGCAGAUGUGUGCGACAAGAGAAAAGAACUUGAUGGGCGACCAGGAGCAGCUGAAGAUCCACGUGACUCAACUGGAGGAAGAGGUGGGCACCUUACGCAAGAUCAACAAAGGCCUCUUCGACUUCUCCAGCCGCCUCAUCAUGAAGCAGGGCAAAUAAUGGGGGUUGGGGACAAGAACCUGGCAGUAGCCACGCACAGCGCCUGGGUGCCAAAACCUCUUCCCUGAUCAGAGGGGCAGGAACGCUGUUCAUACCCUUGCCCGCUGGCAGGACCGGACCUCACACAUCCAGAAAUGGGGGGGGGGCGCAGAGACGGUGUAAGUCAAGAUGGUUCCAACAGGACAUUGCAAGGAGACAUGGCCUUUUCCCCCUUCCUGCUCCUCUUCCUCAAACAGACCGACGGGCCCUUCCCGCAUCCCCUGAUUUUGCAAAGGAUUCUGGGCCACGCCAUGCGACCCCCGUUGCUGCUCCACCGCUGCCUUUGCUGCCAGGGAUUGAUGAUCAGUAGUUCGCCUGCUUCCUUUGGGGAUGGGGCCUGCAGGCAGCUUUUAGGCGUUCACCAGCCGUUCUGGCAUCCUCCAAUCUCCUGGCCGCUGUCAGUCCAGAACGGUCCAAAGCUGUUAUCAGCAAAGAGGCCUCAAUUCCUUUUAACACUGUGUUUUUGAGAGCGACAGAGAGCCCCCCUUGGAAGUGGCGGGGGGGGGGAGAGGAGAGAGUCUUGUGUUCCAUCGUUCCGCAGGCUGCAGAAAUGAGGCAUUGGAUUCUGGGCUGGGUAAACCUCUCCGGGUGAGUUGUGCUUCUCAACGCUUCUCUCCCCUCAUCAAAAACGUGCACAAAUCUCCCAAGCGCUCCCUGCUGUAUGAAAGCUAGCCAUUCGGGGGAGGGGCCCUCGUUAUGCACCCCCCCCCCCGUGCCUUUUUUACAUGCAGGGAGAGAUUUAUUUAUUUACGUUCUAUUGAGCCUGCGCAAAUUAGACUUUCCUGCCAUUGAACUGAACCACUAAAACUCACCAUUACACAGCUCUGUCAUGUACAGUGCGCCAGAUCGUAUCCUUAACCCUCCUCUUGUUGGUCAGGACACGCAGCUCCGGAUCCCAAGCUGCUUUUUUUUUUGUACUCUGGUGAAUCUGCUUCUCCUUCCUGUCCCCCUCUCUCCCCCUACAACCCUUGUCUUUCUUAAUUUUACUUCCUUUAAAAAGAAAUACCUCUGAUUCCAUGCCAGAAAAAAAAUAUUCUUUCCCUUUUAUUCCUUGUUUUUUUGUUUUGUACUUUUUUUAAAUAAAGGACUGUUUACCGAAAUUGCAUUUUGGUGGAGUGUUUAGAGAGAAGGCGACUAAGAGGCAAGAGGAUUGAAACAUGUAAAAUUAUGCAUGGAGAAAGUUGACUAGAGUAAGGGUUUUUCCCCCUCACAACACUAGAACUCGAGGACAUUCAUUUUUAAAAAAAUAUUUGAAAACCUUUAUUUCUUUAUUUAAAAACAUUACAUAGAAAACCAUCAAACACAAAAUGAACACAAAGUAAACACAAAGAUAACCAAAAUCAAAUAAUGCAAAUUAAGUACAAAUUGUCUGCAACUUAAAUAUGAGUUAAUUACAGUUUAAUUGGAAUAAAGAUGUAAAGAAUAAAGAUGUAAAGAAUAAAAAUAAGACUAAAGACAAAGAGUAAAAAAAAAUUUAAAAAAAUGUUUCCGAUUGUUAAUAUAUCGUUUCUAGCAAUUCUUAAUUUCCCUGUUUUCUUCUUAUCAUAUUUUCCCACCCCUCGCGGGUGAAACUCGAGGACAUUUAAAGAAGCUGAAUGCUGAAGACUCCCCUUGCCCUUAGUCAUCACAGUUAAAUGGAACCUCCAAAUUCAGGGGCAGCCUACCCCUGAAUACAUCUGUUGCCCUGAUACCCUGGCCAUGGCCAACCAGAUCCCUCUUCUGUGAAGCCCACCAGCAGGACCCAACUGACAUUUGGAGGCAUAUGCUUCCUCCUUCGGCAGAGGGCAAGCAGACAUGGUUGGUGGCUGUUGGCACUUUUCUGCAGAGAGGAUUCCCCGCUUGCAGGGGACACAUCGCUCAGUACACAGAAUCCUAGAAUUGUGGUUUGAAAGGGGCCCCAGCAGUCUCACCUAGUCCAACCCCCCUGCAAUGCAGGAAUCUCAGCUAAGGCACCCAUGACAGAGGGCCACCGAACCUCUACUUGGAAACCUCCAAGGAAGAUGUGGCUUUGCAAGCUGAUCUGAAGCUUCUUUCCCUGCUGCACAAUGGGAGCGGCUUGUGCACGUCCCAUUUGAUCUCGUCUCUCUGCUCCAGACGAGGGUUGAAAUCUCGGCCCCUGGAGCUGAGCGCCCUCAUCCUGGCUUCCUGGAGGGGCCUUUGCUUCUCUGAGCACAGGGUGGGACCAGCAGCUUCCUCCUCGAGCAAAUUGGUGCCUCGGGAUGCAGAGAUCACUUUCUGGUUGUCAUUCCUCCCUGAAGGAGGAACGCAGCAGCGCUAGGCAGAGGCUGCCAUUUUUAUAUCCGGCUGUUCAGCCUCUAAGCCAGCUGUUCCUGGACUUUUUUCCUGGCGGCCGCCGUCCCCCUUGGUUCCAUAAACUCAUCCCCAGUGCCCCCCUGCCCUGGAAAAUGCAAUCGCAGUUUGCAUGGCACACUAAGAGAACAUAUCAAUGAAAUUCAAAGCGUCAGCGAUUAAUGGCACACAUAAUACAAAAUCCAGUUAAAACUAAUUCUACGGAAUGGGCAAACUUGGUUCAGUGGUGGGCCAGUCAUUUGCAACUCCAGCGCACCCCUAG